UUCUGCUCGGUGCCUCUGCUGAGGAAGUCGGACGUCGUCCUCGUUCUGCUGUGCAGAGACCGUGGACUCACCUGGCAGCCGCGCCAUGGUAAACAAGAGACUGCGGUCCCCAGACGGAAAGGAGUGGCCGGCCAUGGUGUGUCUGUGAAGGACUUGCCUAGAGGACCUUCUGGAGAUUGUUUUACUUGUGCUUGUAAGGGGGCGGCGAUUUCUUCACUUUUUGCCUCUACAAGAGGUCUUGCCUAGUAGGCAUUUGGCUAGGCUGGCUCAAGGAGACAGGAAGAUAGUACUGCAUAGAUCACAAGCUAUGCUUACCAGCCCAGAUCUUGUCUUGCCUGUCUGCCAAUAUCUGUGGAGCUGAAGAAGGUGUUUCUGGAGCUUGAUCAAUUUUAUCCUUGGGAGUCAGUCAUGGAGAGCCUUGCUGAGUCUUGCUGAGAAACGGGUCAACAAGGGCUGAUGAUGAAACCCAGAAAGAUGAGGCCAUGCUGCUGCCACUUCAGCACAGAAACAUCUUGCCAUGGUCACACAGAAUGCAGUAACCUUUGAUGAUGUGCACAUCCACUUCUCUUGCGAAGAAUGGGCUUUGCUGCAACCUUCCCAGAAAAUUCUCUACAAAGAUGUGAUGCUGGAGACCUACAGUAACCUUACUGCUCUAGGCUAUAAAUGGGAAGACCAUAAUAUUGAAGAACAUUGUCAAAGAUUUAGAAGACAUGAAAGGUAUCUUGAAGCACACAAAGGAACCUAUAAUGAAGAGGAGCCCUAUGAAUGUAAACAACCUGGUAAAAUCUCAAGGCAUAAAGGAAGUCAUACUGAAGAGAAGCCCUAUGCAUGUAGUCAAUGUGGUAAAACCUUUUCACAGCGGAGUUACCUCCACAUUCAUAAAAGAGUCCAUACUGGAGAAAAGCCCUAUGAAUGUAAGGAAUGUGGAAAAACGUUUUCACAACAGAGUCAUCUCCACACUCAUAAAAGAACCCAUACAGGAGAGAAACCCUGUGAAUGUAAACAGUGUGGUAAAACAUUUGCAGAUUACAGUCAUCUCAAAAGACAUGAAAGAAUUCAUACAGGAGUGAAACCCUAUAAGUGUGAUCAGUGUGGUAAAGCGUUUUCAAAACAUGGUAGUCUCCAAAUACAUAGAAGAACUCACACUGGAGAGAAACCAUAUCAAUGUAAUCAAUGUGGGAAAGCUUUUGCAGAUUAUAGUUAUCUUAAAAUACAUGAAAGAAUCCAUACUGGAGAGAAACCCUAUGAAUGUAAGCAAUGUGGGAAAGCCUUUUCACAGCCUGCUCAUCUCCAGAUUCAUAAAAGAACUCAUACUGGAGAAAAACCUUAUGAAUGUAAACAAUGUGGUAAGGCAUUUUCAAUUUGUAGUUCUCUUAAAAUGCAUGAAAGAACUCAUACUGGAGAAAAGCCCUAUGCAUGUAAUGAAUGUGGGAAAGCCUUUUCAUACCUCUGUAGUCUCCAAACACAUAACAGAACUCAUACCGGAGAGAAACCCUAUGAAUGUAAUGAAUGUGGGAAAGCCUUUGCAAAACAUAGUGCUCUCCGAACACAUAAAAGAACUCAUACUGGAGAGAAACCUUAUGAAUGUAAGCAAUGUGGGAAAACCUUUUCACAGCCUGCUCAUCUCCAGAUUCAUCAAAGAACUCAUACUAGGAGAAGACAUCCACGGCCCAUCUGAUGCUACUUUGUUCAGGUGGACACAAGCCAUCCACAGGCCAACCUGGGUCCUCAAGACACUGCGGUGGCAGAAAGACAUACGGGACUCAUCUGACCGCUCUCUGCUCAAGCAGACACAAGCCAGCCUAGUUCCUCAAAUUGUGCCAUGGCAGGAAGAUAUGUCUGUGCCCAUGUGAUACCACUUGACUCAGGUGGGCACAAACCACCAACAUGCCAACUUGAGUCCUUAAGACCUUGACUGGACAGAAGACAUCCAGGGCCCAUCUCAUGCCACUCAAUGCAGGGUGCAUCAAGCCACCCACAGACCAUUCUGUGUCCUCAUGACUUGGGGUGGCAGGAAGGCAUUCAAGGGCCCACCUGCCACCACACAGUUGGCUCCAAUAUGCUGAAUAAAUAUAUGGUAGAGAAAGAAGUGAAUGGUUCAUAUGCUAUGGAAACAAGGAAGAACAGAAGUAAAGGUGUGGUGAGGUGUAGGCUGAUGUUGGAGGCUUUCUUACCACUCAGGGCCAUUAUGAUAUCCAGUCUUGGGCUACUGCCAAGGGCCAUCCCUGGGUCCCAGGAGAGUACCACAGCAAGGGUCUGUUGCCAAUAAAUGGCACAAGAAUGCCAAAUAUCUGUGGUGCCACUGGUGGCCAUCUAGGUGUCUAAGAGCCAUUCUGCCACCAGAGUCAUGCUGAUCUAGGUGGCCUGUGCUGCCAUAUGGGGCCAUUGUGUGUUCCAGUCCUGAGCUGCUGCUGAGGGCCAUGUAUGGGUCCAUAGCACUACAACAGCCAGGACCUGAACUGACAUCUGUUGUUCCUGUUGCAGCUGAAGGAUAUGUGAUUUCCUGCUGUCUGGUUUGCCACCUGAAACCAUAUUGGUACCCAUGGGCCAUGCUGCAUCUGGACCAUACAGCUAUAAAUGUUAUAUACUGAUCUCUGGUGAAAUCUGGGCCAGGGCUACAGCGGGGGCCAAGUCUGGGUCUGUGGAUCUGGUUGCCAGGAAGACCAUGUGAAUUCCUGGGGUCUGGGUUGCCACCUGGGGCCAUGUUGUUUGAGAACUUCAUUGCUGCCACAACCAUUCUGGCCUGUGUGGCCUGUGCUGCCACUAGAAAACACGGUGACAUAUGGACCCAGGUUGCUGCCAAGGACUAUAUCUGGCUUCAUGGUCCUACUAUAGCCUCAGUCUGUGUUGCCCAUAACCCAUGAAAUCAUGAAGGUCCAGGUAGAUUCGCAGGGUCAGAUCAGCCACCUGAGUUCAUGUUGAAGCUGGGGCCAUGCAGAUCUGAGCAGCUCAUGCUGUUACCCAAUGCCAGGUGAUAUCUGGGCCAGAGCUGCAGCUAAGGACCUUGUCUGGGUUUGCAGCCCUACUGCAGCAACAGUCUGUGUUGAUGUCCAAGGUUCCUGUUACCAUGGAAGACCAUAUGAAUGCCAAAGAUCUGUUAUGUUAGGAUCCCAGUGCCAAGUACCAAUCUGAGUGGCACUGCCACCUGGAACAAUAGUGACAUCCAGACCUGGCUGCUACUGUGGACUAUAUCUGGGUUUGUGGUUCUACCCCAGCUGGAGUCUGUGUUAAAGUCCCAGGCCUAUGUUGCCUCCAAACAUUACUUGGAAACUGGGGAUAAAGCCAAAAUCUGUGACUUUGGUGUCUAGUCGCCAUGCCACGACCAGAGCCAUACUUGCUUGAGUGGCCUCUGCUUCUGCCCAGAGCCAGGAUGUCAUUUAGGCUCAAGCCCCUGCUGAGGGCAAUAUCUGUGGUCCUGCUGCAGCAGGGCUCUGUGUUGUUUGUCCCAUGUCAUCUCAGGGGAUGAUAGAAACUGUGUCAUGAAAUCAGAGGGCCAUGCUGAGCCCUCCCCACACUUGGCUUGCCCCAGGAAUAGCUGGUCCUGUCUCUCAUUGGACAUUACAAGAGAACUACCCCUAUACCUUCACUCUGGGGAGAUGGCCCCACCCCUCACCAUUGGUGAAAGAGGAUUUACCCUGAUAACUUGGCCAUAAGGAAGCUGGUUCCACCCACCCCUUGCCUAAGGGAGGAAGCCCCAGUUGCCUGGACUGACCAGUUCAACUGCUGCUCAGACACAGCUGGGCCUGGAGUUGGCCCACUCUAACAUCUACCCUAUUUAGGACCUACUGGAACUCAUGAAGGGACUGGUCCUGUGGAGCAAUACCUCAGGAUCUCCAUGACUUGGAAUAACUGUAGGAUAUGCAAGAGGAGUUUUGGUGAAGAUUCAAUGAUGAUGAUAUACCAGAACCCAGAGGCUUUGAACAAAACCAAUGACCCAUUGCAAUGAAUAUUUGCAAGUAAACCUGAAUGGACAAAAGGGUAUACUUUGAAACACCAAGGCUCCAAACACCACCAAGACAAAUGAGAUGUUGGAAAGGUGGAAAAAAAUGAAGGAGCAAAGAGGUUUUUUUGUUUUGUUUUGCUGUUUUUUGCUUACCUGUUUUGUUUUGGUUUGAUUGUUUGAUUUUCUUUUGGUGGGAGGAUUGUGCAGGGAUAAGGUGAAGCUACAACUGGACUGGAAGGUGAGCAGAAUUGGGGGUGUAUGAUGAGAAAUUCCCAAUGAUUCAAUAAAGAAAUUGUUAAAUUUUAAAAAUUCUCAUAUUGGAGAAACCCUAUAAAUGUAAGCAAUGUAAUAAAAACCUUUGCAUGUCACAAUUAUCCUCAAAGUCAUGAAAGAAUUCAUAAUGGAGAGUAACCCUAUGUAAGUAAGCAGUGUUGUGAUUACCCAUUACCUUAGUCUUUGACCCUAAAAGAAUUUAUCCAAAAUUAAAUCUUACAGCGUGUUAAUAGUUAAAGCCUUUGUAUAUCACAGUAGAAUUUGAGGAUUUUAAAGACCUCAUACUGAAGGGGAAUCCAUGAAUAUAAGAGAUUUGUUAAAGUCUUUAACCAACAAAUUUAUAUUUUAUUACAAAAAAUUAUUUUGUCUUUCAUGGACUGUGAAUUUGGACAAAGGUAAACUUUGAAUAUCACACUUUUCAAUUACAUGAAAUAACUCAUCCAAGUAUAAAACUAUGAAUGUGUGGUAAUGCCUUUUCUAUUGCUGUGAUGAAACACAACAUCUAAGGAAACUUAUAAAAUGUUAGUUUGGCACAUGGUUCUAGUGGGAUACAAGGUUAUCAUGAGAGAGCCAUGGCAACUUGUGCCAACCAUGACAGCGAAAGCAGGAAGCUAAGAGCUCAUAUUUUUAACCUGAAGCAUGGAGCAGAAAGUUCAACUGAUGUGAGGAUUUAAAAAUCUCAAAUUCUACCACCAGUGAAAUAUUUCCUCUACAGACUGGCAUUCUCUAAACAUUCCAAGUGAUACCAACAACUGAGAAGUAUUCUCUGAUUUUAAAGCCUACAUGCUUGCUUUCUAUCAGAUGAACCAAGUAAUAAUAAUAAAAAAAAAACUCUAUGUAAACAUUUCGACGCCUCAACAUCUGGGUUACAGGAAUGAAUGUUUACAUAGAAAAAUAGUUAUGAAUGAAAAUGUUUUUAACAAUUUGUUCUAAUUUUUAUUAUAUGAUGUCAGUGUGUCUUUGAGUACAUCCAUGUGCUUGAUGGUUCCCAGGACUAGUGUGAAGUAUGGAGCAUAGCCCCAGCCCCUGACAUCCAUCCCAGCCCCCCUAGCCUGGGAGUUGCAUUGAUCUGGACUCCAAGUCCCAGCAUAUGCCACUCCCACUGGGUAUUUAAGUGGGCUACCAGAGGAGGAACACAUGGUUCUGGGUUUGCAUGUGCUCCCUGCUUUCCUGUCUCCCCACCAUGCGCUCGGCCACCCAAGAGCAUCAUACUUAAGAAAAUAAUGGGCAUUUUAAUUUGGUUUGAUCUUACCCAAUUAGACUUCUUUGCGCUAGUGGAGCCACCCCUCUUAUUACUUUUUUCCUAACAGUUAGACCCUGUGAUCUUUCUACACUUCUAGCAGGAAAUAUAUAGGAAGUUGUCAAAAAAAAAAUCACCUGUUCCUGGGCACAAACUUGUCUUAACUACUCGGUUGUCUCUAGCCCUAUAAAUAUUUUACAACCUUUAUAUAUAGUCUUGACAUUAGUUAGGAAAGAGGGAAGAACUCAUACAUGAGACUAGCCCUAUUCAUGUAAUCAGUAUAAUAAUGACUUUAAGCAUCACAGUUAUCUAUAAUUUCAAGAAGAAAAAUUAUUGUAUUCUUUAAGCAAAUACAUUAACAUAUUCACUCAAGUCUGAUGGUGGAGAUCACAGUGUUGCUUGUAUUUUGCAUUUGUAAUUGGUAUUGAAGUGUUCUGUAUAUGAGGCAAAUCCAUUUAUAGAAGUUUAUUUGGUAGUUCAUAUAUUACUUCUCUGGUUUCUGUUUUUCUGUUGUGCUUUCAGUUGGUGAUAAUUUUAUUCUGCUGAAAUGUAUAGAAUGGAGUGCCCAUCAUCUAUGUGGCUCAUUGUUUAUUUAAAUAUCAGACAGUAUGUGAUCAUACUUUUGAAAUGACUGUCUGAAAAGGUGGUGGGUUUUUACUAUUCUUUUUUUAUGUUUUCACAAAUUUCCUUUAGAUGUUGUUUGUGUUCCAGCCAGGCCUGGGCGUCACUAAAUAGUCAAGGCUGCAUUUGAACUCGUGAUUUUCAUGUGUCAGCCUCCUGAGUACAAAUUCAAGGAUAGAAGAUACACUCCCAAUGUCUACAGUUUUGUCAAUACAUUUUUAAAAUGUUAAUGUUAAAAUGCUUAAUAGAAGAGGAUAUAAGAACCAUUGAAUAUAUAAUCUGUGUACCCUAAGCAGCAUUUUCAUAUAGCAUGUGAUAUAAUAAUGUAGAAUAAUCAGCAACCAAUUGUACAUUGUAUAACAGUUUGGUGUACUAUGGAUAUAUAUAUAUAUAUAUUGACAUUCCUCCUUAUUUAUGAUCCAGUUUUUAUGUGGCAUUCCAUCUUGAAGUUUUGCUUUCUAAGGGAAUUAUCUAGAAAUUCUAGAUAAUUCUAGAUUAUCAUAAUUCUAGAUUAUCUAGAAAUUCAAGAUAAUCUAAGGGCAAUGAGAUUUCUUUUUUUAAAAAAAGAUUACCAUUGUGUAUGUGUGUGUGUGUAAUAUGUUUAUGGGUUUCCAUGCCAUAACAGAUGUGUUGCAACUGGAAGAAAAUCUCGUGGGAAUUUUUUUUUUUGGCCCUUUCAUAUGGCAAUUGCGGUGAUUUGAAAGAAAAUGGUCCCCUUAGGUAGUACAAGCUUAAAGCUACACAGAGAAACGCUAUCUUUUUUUAAAAAAAAUAUUUAUUUAUUUAUUAUGUAUACAAUGUUCUGUCUGUGUGUAUGCCUGCAGGCCAGAAGAGGGCACCAGACCUCACUACAGAUGGUUGUGAGCCACCAUGUGGUUGCUGGGAAUUGAACUCAGGACCUUUGGAAGAGCAGGCAAUGCUCUUAACUGCUGUGCCAUCUCUCCAGCCCCUGAAACUCUUAAAAACCAGAAAGAAAGAAAAAAAAAGAUAGCUUUGGUAAUACAAGUUAGAAUAGAAAAUGAACUAGGUACAACCUUUUGGACUUAUCACAGUAGGAUAGAUAUGAAGUAUUUUCUCUGAAUUUGUUAAUUGCUAAUGGACUAUAAAUUUUUGAUGUAUUUGUUGCCUGUAUACAGUUGUGCUUAUUGUAUAUAAUUUUUCUUAUAUUAGUUAUAACCCUUUUUAUUUUAGACAAAAAGGGGAACUGUGUGAUAUCUUAUUUGUACUCUACAAAUAGAGAUUGCCUAAAUCUCAGGGCAGAGCUAGCUACUAGUUAGCUGUAGAGGUCUGGAGGUCUGUACAGAAAGACAGGAAGUGAUGUGACUGGAGGAGAGAUGAGUAUAAUCAGGAGGAGAUAGGAACUCACUCUCUUUUCAACUGAGGAGUUAGCAAGGUAAGAGUUGACUGUGGCUGUUUCCUCUCUCAGAUCUCUCAGAAUUGGCUCCAAUAUCUAACUCUGGGUUUUUAUUAUCAAUACUAAUUGGAACUUGAGUAUCAGAAGUGUGUGUUGUGAGUUUAUCUUUCUGAGUCUGGUAACAAGAAAAACUAUCUAGACCUAGUAGUAGCGCGAGGAGAAUGAGUCAUGUGGCCUAAACUUUAUACAUGAGGAGAACUAAGAAGUUAGCUGAGGCCUUGAUUUAAAAAAAAAUGGUUGUUUAUUGUUAAAUUUACCUAUUUACAAAGAUUAUAUUGUAAUAAAACUUUUUAUGGACUUAAGAUGUUUUAUAGCCUUAAAAAUACUAAAUAUAUCCAAAAGUUAUCUUAGCAUAUAUAUAGUAUUUAUAUUUAGUAUUUAAUUAUUUUAGCAUUUAUAUGUGGUAUUUAAUAUAUAUUGAGUAUUUUGUAAUUUAAAUGUAAAAUUUUAAAAUUUCUUCUUAAAAAGAUUUAUGAUCUCUCAAAAAACAAGGUACCUUUUCUCUACUUCAAGUCAGAAAAAGCAGGGCACAACCAUAAUCCACAUGAGGUAAAAAGCAAGCAAGAUUUUGAAUCUUGCCUAAUGGGCAACUUAUAAAUAUUGAGUUAGAAUAAUUUUAAUAAUUUUAAGGCAUAGAGAAAAGAUUUUUAAUGGGUCUUUUAGUCUUCUGCAAACAGGAUUGUAGCUCCUAGGAGAGGAGAGCAUGGCAGCGGAUAUGUGGCACAAGCUUUAGCAAGCACUGUGGCCAGGGAGCAGGGAGCUGUAACAUCUGGGGCAGAGUGUUUUCACCCCACAGGUACAGUUGCUCUCGUCCCCAGUCACCUUCCCUGCUGGGUGUUCCCAGCUGUCCUGGAAUCCUUUGCAGCUCACUGCAUGGUUAAAGUGUGCCAGGUGGCAGGUUGCUGAACAGGAUGUGGUUCCCUGCAGAACCCACCCCUGGCCAGGUUCACCUGCUCCCUGAUCACCAUCCUGUACUCAACACUGGAGUGCCUGCCACCCUUGGAGGGGAAGGGGUAGCAGCAGGACACAGGGAGGGGAAUGAUGCGGAGGUGGAGGGGUUGGGAUUUAUGACAAAUGGGAAGGAUUCUCCAGGGCCACUGGCAUAGCCAGAUAUGUUCAGCAGAGAUGAAUCCUUUGGGUGGACUGGUCAGAACCCACCCCUGGUUCUGCCCUCACGUGGAAUCACAGGAUCUGUCUGGCGGUGAUGAGCACACUGGCGGUGGAUGGGAUUGGGUACUACGGUAGAGACAAAGGCUUUACUCUGCAGCAGGCAGGUUGCCUGGAAGCAGAUGUUGGGAUAUGGUCUCCUGCUUUGCUGCGCUCUGUAGGCAGUGACAAGGUCAUGGGCUCCACGAGCAGUCAGCUGAUUGGCGCGGGAGGGGGGUGUUAGAAGUGGCAGUCUCAUCCACUACACGUCCUGCAUGCAUAUACAGUGGUGAGACAGGCUGCGCCCUCUAUGAGCAAACAUUUAUAGGAGAGAGUACCUGGUGAGAAGCAGAAUUUUCCAUUAUAGAAAGGAGAGAGGAAGAUAGGAGAAAAAUUGCCUGUCCUCUGAGGGACAGCCAAGCGAAAAAUGCCACAUUUUUGGGAGCUGCUGUGCUCACCAUUUCCUGAGGAUUCCAGAAGUCUGUGUUCAUGGCACUAGGAUGAGGUUUCCCCUUAUCUUUAGCCUUCAAUCCACAGGGUCAAAGGAGCAAAAGUUGUGACAGAGAUACUUGGACAGUCUGUGAACACAAUGCCAAUUAGCCCUCCAGGAGCUAACUUCAGAGACACAACUCAACUUCAUUCCAGAGUAUUACACAGGCUUGUGAAGCCUAGGGACAAAUCCUAAAUUGAACUAAGUGGCACACUCCUAUCGUAUAGCUGUAAGCAUCACCCUAUCAAGAUGGCUAGAAAUUUGCCUAAUUACUAUGUGGGCAGUAAGGAAGGAGCAUUUGCAGCGAACUGUAUCAAGGGUAAUUCUUGAGAUAAAUCAGGCAUCUGGGUAUAGAGACAAGAGUCCAGAUGUCAAGGGCAGGUAGAGAGCAGGAAGCCUUGCUGGGAAGAGAGUUCUUCAUGUUGCUGAGCUUGGAAAAAGCCACCAGGCCAUUUUGACUGCUACCUCUGACCAAUAUCUCCCCCUGUUGAAUUAACGUGAGUUGUAAAAUACAGGCUAACUCCAAGACAAAACCAAUUAUAAUUUUCUUUAUUAUAAGGGGCAAACAGAACAGUAAUGAGAAGUCCAAGCUUAGCUGUGUAGCAGGGGAACCACAGAGAGAGAGAGAAACCUUGGACAGCCCUGUGCUUUUCUCUGAGUACCCAAAAGGUCACACCCUAACCUGGUCUCACCUCUUAAAGUUCAUUGGCUGACGGAGAUUCCCCAUCAUCCCCCUCUUUUAUAUUAUAAAGAAGAUAUCAACUAAGACAAUAAUAAUGGACUAAACCUCCAAAAAAUGUAAGAAUUGCCCAGUUAAAUAGUUUCUUUUAUAAGAAUUUCUGUGUUCUGCACAGCAAUAGAACAUUGCCUAAGACACAAGUCAAAAUUGUGUUCCUCUUUUAGUCUUUGUGUUUUGAGAUUGCUUUUACAAUGGAAAUGACUAUUUAGACCAGUCUGACCUUGAGUUCAUGGUGAUUAGUCUGCCUCUAUUUCCCAGGUACUAGGAUUGUGGCAUGAGCUAACAUGCUAGACAAUGUUUGUUUUUGAAAAUGAUGGAUUAUAUGGAAACCAGUGGCUGAGAAUAAAAAAGACUUCAAGA